AGUCUGAACAGAGACUGCGGAGUGACUCCCCAACACCUUCACAGGUAUUCCUCCUCCUGCUCCUCCUCCUCCUCCUCCUCCUCCUCCACCUCCUCCUCCACCACAACCACCGCCAAGCGAGUUUGACUGUCUAACCGAGGAGUGAUGGCUGCGUCUGACGGGCGCUUCACCUCCUGUCAUCUGAAGGAAGAGUAAAGUUGAAGCAGAGGAGAGGACCAGUGUGGGACCGACGAGAAAUCCGUGACGAUCGGAGACUGUUGCUCCGUCUGUGUUGGAUUCACACCAAGAUCUUUUAUUUUGCCGAUCUCUCAGACAACAGCGUCAUGGAUGAACGAUGAAUCUCCACCUGCCGGCUGACCGUGUGAGUGAUUAUGCUGCAAUGGAGGAUGUUUCCCAGCGGACCCAGUGAUUCCCACCGCUGCCUGUGCCUCCUGCUGAAUGUGGAAAUCCUAGGAUGGAAGACCCACCACGUGCUGCUCUGAGGCACUGGAACAACACGCUGAACCUCCACAUCCUCAGUCAUCUUGUCUCCUCCACACACACCGCCACAACCGGCUGCUUCGCCACCAUCGCCCACCAGAGAGGGACCACUGCCACGGGGUGACAAGAUUCCAGGAUGUUUUUGAAAUUCCGCCGAGUACGAAGAUGCCAGUGUGUGCAGCUGAUGACCACCUGCCUGGUUUUGUCAGUGGUGAUGGUUUGCUGGGAACAGCUGGACAAUAGUGUCGUCAGCCACGUCAAGUCCUACUCCUACCGCUACCUGGUCAACCGCUUCAUCUACAUCAACAAGAGCCUCACCAUCCCGCGCGAGCAGGCAAGAAGCUUCAGCAACUUCCACUACCUGCUGGACCACCCGGAUAAAUGUGCCAAACAGGACGUGCUCCUCCUCCUAUUUGUUAAGACGUCCCCAGAGAACAUUGAGAGGCGAAACGCCAUCAGAUCCACCUGGGGUAAUGAGACUUACAUCCACAGCAGCCUGGGCGUGACAGUCAAAGUGGUGUUCGCCUUAGGAGCGCCUCAGACCAAGAAGGAGGAGCCCUCGUGGAGUAAGAGGAGCGGGGUGGGCUUCCAGGAGCAUCUCAUCCACGAGGACCGUCUCUAUGGUGACUUGAUCCAACAAGACUUCUUAGACUCCUUCCACAACUUGACCCUGAAGCUGAUCCUACAGUUCCACUGGAUGCACAGCCGCUGCGCACACGCCCGCUUCCUCAUGACCGCUGAUGACGACAUCUUCGUCCACAUGCCCAACCUGGUGAGCUACCUGCAGGACAUGAGCAGCAGGGGCGUCACACACUUCUGGGUUGGUCGAGUGCACAGAGGGGCGCCGCCCAUCCGGAGCAAAGACAGUAAGUACUACGUGCCCUUUGAGAUGUACCAGUGGUUGUCGUACCCCGACUACACAGCUGGGGCCGGGUACGUCGUCUCCAGCGACGUAGCGGACAAAGUCUAUCAAGCCACGCUGACCCUGAACGCCUCUCUUUACAUAGAUGAUGUGUUCAUGGGCAUCUGCGCCAACGCCAUUGGUGUAACCCCACAUGAGCACGUCUAUUUCUCAGGGGAGGGCAAAGCGCCCUACCACCUGUGUAUCUAUGACCAGAUGAUGACCUCACAUGGUCACGUGGAAGAUAUCCAUGACCUCUGGAAGGCGGCGACGGACCCGCAGGUGAAACAGUGGACCUCUGGACUCAUGGGCAGGCUCUACUGCACGGCUGUGAAGAUGGCUCUGCUUUGUAAACCUUACCAUUUCAACACAUACCCCUGCAAAGCAGCGUUUUUGUAGUAUUAUUCAGGUUUGAGUGUGUGUCAGUGUGUGACAGAGAGAGAAAGUGUAUGUCAUACUGUGAUCAUAACGAAAUGAGGAUCAUUGCUGCGAAUAUUACCUCAGUCCUUUUAACUGGACACCCAUGUCUGUCAAAAGACUGGAGAAUGUGUUCUGUGUUGCAACAGGCAAAGAGAUCACAUGAAGUAUCUCUGUUACGGUUAGCAUGACAUCACAAAGACAUCAAUGACUUCUGGUCUUGUUCGACUUAAAGUUUUGAACUGACAGGAGAAUGUGUUGAGAAAAUAGUUCAGAAAAAGGUGAUGCUCACACGCUAUCCCAACACAAAUCUGAAAUCAAACCUUUCUUAACACAAGGCCUCACUCAUACGUAUUUCAUUACCUUAAGAGUGAAGUAAAUACACUUUUUUUAAAAGGUAAAGAAGUCUGGGUUUCUAAAUGAUGGCACGGAACAAUAGACAACACAUUUGGAUGGUGUUAGUCAAAAAAACAGGCCAGUGUCUGAUCUAAAAUUGUCUCUGUGUCAUGAUGUGCAAGAUUCCUCAGUGAAGUAGGGUAGACGUGCAACUGCAAAGACUUAACAAACAUCUCCUGUGCAGUAAUGAUGAGCAACAAAGUGUGGGCUCGAAAUUGAGAAUUUUGUUACAAGGUUUCUUUUUUUUUUUUCUUUUUUGUGAUUACAUUUGAGAACAAUGUUUUUUAAUGAAAUAAAAUCUACACUUUGUUGUUAGUUUUCAAA